AUGCGUUCCAACGUAGACUCAAUACGUAAAUCAGAACAAACUGCUUAUGAAAGCGUGAAAUGGACGAAAUUGAUCUCCGGCAUUAAAAAUCUUUAUGUGACAGUUCAGAGAGAUUAUCCGUAUUUGUUUGAAUACGGCAGCUACGGUAUGGAUGAGAAUCAAUUGAUGGAAGUGGACAAGCUUCUAAAUAAUGCUAAGAAAUUAUGGUUUGAUAGAAGAAAUAUAAGCCGGAGUAUACGGCUCGGGAUAAAUUUGAGCUUUAGAUUGCUGGAUUUGGUAGACCGCGAAAUCUGGAACGUGACAAACGAAGGCUGGCUGAAGAUGAAGUACAGUCUAUACGCUUUAAGAGGCCCUAUGGAGAUUUUCCACGACUUAACUGAAGUUGUCGCUGCAACAUUCCGAAAUGAGACCACCUCGUCAAACCUGCCACCUGUCAUCGUCUCGGCACUUGAGGUCAUCAUUCCCAGCCUACCGCAACUAAUUGUUGAUAUGGUGGAUAUCGUUAUUGCUGGCGAAACUCAGCUAGAACCAAUAAUCGAAUUGCUAAACGCCAAUCCGCCUUGGCCUUGCUCGACUAGUCUGUCGGAGCUGCUGCAGCUGUCAGAUUCCUCGGCAAAUGCAGUUCGAAGUCUGGAGACCCUUAUGUGCACUGGAGAAGAUAUGCAUGAGCAAUGGAAGGAGUACUUAGUGGAACGGAACGUUACUGUAUUCUGCACAGCACUGCUGGGACAGAACGGUGCGGGCAAAUCGACGACGUUCGCCAUGCUCACUGGCGAAACGCGACCGACUACUGGGCAAAUAUACCUCAACGAACAACCGGCCAACCAUUUACAACUCUGUAAAGGCCUUAUCAGUUAUUGUCCUCAAACUGACGCGAUAGACCCUCUGGCUACAGUACGGGAGACACUGCAGUUCUAUUGCAGACUGAGAGGAAUAACGGACAUGAACGAGGUAAUUCGUCGAACAUUGGAAAUGUUCGAGUUAAGUAAAUACGCGGACGUGCGAAACGGAACCUUAAGUGGCGGCAACAAGAGGAAAUUAUGCACAGCCAUUGCGUUCAUGGGCAGGACGCCUGUGGUGCUGCUCGACGAGCCCACGAGCGGCAUGGACCCCUGGUCGCGCGAGUGCGUGCGGCGCGGCGCGGGCGCGGCGGGGCGCGGGGGGCGCGCGCUGCUGCUGUCGACGCACGCGCUGGACGACGCGCGCCGCCUGGCCGCGCGCGUGGCGCUGCUGCGCGGCGCGCGGCUGGCGGCGCUGGCCGACCUCGACGCCUGCCUCGGCAGGUUCGGCGGCGGCUUUGUGGUGGCGUGCCGCUGCCGCAGCGCGACGCGCGACGCGUGGCGGCGCGUCAAGCAGAGGGCGCCGCACGCGCAGCUCAAGGUGCUGCACCACAGCGUCAUACACUUCCUGCUGCCCGUGCACGCCUCUGUGAACAAGAAAGAAGUGACGACAAAGCUGAGCGACGUGUUUCGGCUGAUGGCCGAGCUGCAGAGCACCUGCGACAUCGAAGAUUACACUGUCAACCAAAGCUCGCUUGACCAGAUGUUCCUAAGCUUCACGGAGAAAAGCGGGGAGGAAAUGGAGCUGGUGGACAUAGAGCCACUGCCUUCACCGACGCCCUUGCGUAGGGACAGCGCCGAACUAAGUGACAUUACCUCGCUAUGAUACAAGGACUUUACAUGUGUCAAACAUUGUUCAAUGGCCUAGAAUACUUACUCUAGAAUACGAAAGAAAUUUACACUUAAGGCAACGACGCUCAAACUAAUUAUUCCUAUUAGGCCAUGUCACGUUAUUCCCCUUAAUUUACAUUACCGUGGAAGGGAUAAUAAACUUUAUGGUAAUUGUGUAACGUAGAAAGUAAUAAAGGACCUAAAAACAGUGGAUCUACUGCUGUUCUGCGUCCCACAUCCG